AUGCUCAGCCAUUUCAAGCGUCCGUAUCAAGCGAAACAUCCGAGAUUUGUGCGCAAGGUAACAGGUAAAGCAUAUAGUAUUCCCGACGCCCCACCUUUACCGAGCAACAGAUUGAAACAAGCACCACCAUUCACUGUGACAGGGAUAGAUUUCACUGGAGCAUUGACAGUAAAAACACCUCAUGGAGAUCUACAAAAGGCAUAUAUUUGUCUUUUCACGUGCGCAAAUACACGAGCUAUCCAUUUAGAGUUUGUGUCAGAUAUGACUGUGGAAUCAUUCAUUUUGGCUCUACGGCGUUUCUUCAGUAGAAAAUCAAUUCCAAAAAUUAUAAUGUCGGAUAACGCCCUUACAUAUAUAGCCACUGCCAAAAUCCUGAAGGACGAGAUUCUUGGAACACACAAUAUUUCAUGGACUUUUAUCCCGCAACAUACCCCUUGGUAUGGUGGUUGGUGGGAGAGACUUAUAGGUAUUACCAAGACAUGUAUCAGAAAAGUGCUUUGGAAAUCAUUAAUAAGCAUGGAAGUUCUUUGUACACUUGUAACAGAAAUAGAAUGCAUUAUCAAUGACCGCCCUCUUACAUAUACAUAUACCAAAUAUGAAGAACCAUUAACACCAUCGCAUCUACUAUACGGACGAAGGAUUACCUCCCCUAUUUAUCCAGACGACAGAGAUCACACAACAAAGGAAUUAACCCAAGAAUCGGCCGGUAAAUUGUUCAGAUUUAAGACUGUAACGCUUGAUCAUUUUUGGUCAAGAUGGAAACACGAAUACCUCACAUCGUUGCGAGAGUUUCACAGAAAAUCUGGUAACCAUGGUGACAAUAUCAAUGUUGGUGACGUGGUUCAAAUACAUGACGAGUAUUUUCCAAGGAAUCGCUGGUCAUUAGGAAUUAUAGAAGAUGUAGUAACUGGCGGUGAUGGACAUAUUCGAGCAGCCCGUGUUAAAUCCAGACGAGGAAUUACUACACGACCUAUUGCCAAGCUGUACCCACUAGAACUGAAGUAA